CGUCCGAGACGUGUGUUGUUAUUUCACGACUGCAAGAUGGCGUCUAUCAUGGAGGGUCCGCUGAGUAAAUGGACGAACGUGAUGAAAGGUUGGCAGUAUCGCUGGUUCGUGUUGGACUACAACGCCGGACUUCUCUCCUAUUACACGUCAAAAGACAAAAUGAUGAGAGGAUCCCGGAGAGGCUGUGUCCGUCUUAGGGGGGCUGUGAUUGGUAUUGACGAUGAGGACGACAGCACCUUUACUAUAACCGUCGAUCAGAAAACCUUUCAUUUUCAGGCCCGCGAUGCGGAUGAGAGAGAAAAGUGGAUCCAUGCACUAGAAGAGACGAUCUUGCGUCAUACUCUCCAGCUACAGGGUGCGGACUCUGGGUUUGUUCCAAGCAUUCAGGAUUUUGAUAAGAAGCUUGCCGAGUCGGAUGCUUACCUCCAGAUAUUAAUUGACCAGAUAAAGUUAUUUGAUGACAAGAUCCAGAACUGCAAAGAUGAUGAACAGAGAAAGAAAAUUGAAAAUCUCAAGGAUACAACAUGUAGUAUGGUAGAGUCCAUCAAGCACUGCAUUGUGUUGCUGCAGAUUGCCAAGGACCAAACUAACGAGGACAAGCACGCUGAUGGACUUCUAAGCACUAUAAAUCCUGUGGAUUCUAUUUACCAGCCCAGUCUAUUGGAGCCAGCUGUGAUUCGAACCAUGCCAACACAAACUGUUCCAUUGCCAGAGGCUGUGCAGGCUGGUAAAGGUGAGCAGCGGCCAUCAUCGUUGGCUGUCGGUUCAGUAGUACCUGGCCUCGGAAACCAUCAGACUCCCACUCCAAAUAGCACAGGAAGUGGUCAGUCUGUUCCCAGCAGUAGUUUGACCUCCCCCAGCCACGUCAAUCUGUCACCGAACACAGUCCCAGACUUCUCCUACUCCAGCAGCGAAGAUGAGUUCUACGACGCAGAUGAAUUUUCCCAGAACAGCGCCUCCCCGAAGCAUUGCAUGGACUCAUCGGAGUCUGCAGCAGGCCUUUCACACAGCAGCACAGGGACCAGCCUGAAAAGACCAGACACAACAGAGUCCAUCAAUUCCUCAAUGUCCAAUGGGACCAACAGUGCAGAUCAGUAUGACCCUCAUGAUGACCGGGAUGAUGAUGGAGAAGGGGAGUCAGUGGAGGAACACAAGAGUGUUAUCAUGCAUCUGUUGUCCCAGGUCCGCCUGGGCAUGGACUUGACUAAGGUUGUCCUUCCCACGUUUAUUCUUGAAAGACGAUCUCUGCUAGAGAUGUAUGCAGAUUUUUUUGCACACCCAGAACUGUUUGUAAGCAUUGGUGACCAACAAGACCCCAAAGACAGGAUGAUCCAGGUGGUCCGGUGGUACCUGUCUGCAUUCCACGCAGGCCGCAAAGGGUCUGUAGCUAAGAAGCCUUAUAACCCCAUACUGGGAGAAGUGUUCCAGUGUCAUUGGGCUGCGCCAGAAAAUGAUGAGUCUGAGCCAGUUUCUGAAGGGCCAGUUCCAUGGGCUUCCAAAAACAAUGUCACGUUUGUGUCCGAGCAGGUCUCGCACCAUCCACCAAUUUCAGCCUUUUAUGCCGAAUGUUACAAUAAGAGGAUACAGUUCAAUGCUCACAUCUGGACAAAGUCCAAGUUCUUGGGGAUGUCUAUAGGGGUCCACAAUAUUGGGCAAGGUUGUGUGUCCUGCUUAGACUAUGAUGAACACUACAUUAUAACCUUCCCCAAUGGAUAUGGGAGGUCCAUCCUGACUGUGCCUUGGGUGGAGCUCGGUGGAGAAUGCAACAUCAACUGUUCCAAAACUGGCUACAGCGCCAUUAUCACCUUCCACACCAAACCUUUCUACGGUGGGAAGAAGCACAGAGUCACAGCGGAGAUCUAUCCUCCCAAUGACAAGAAAUCUAUAUGUUCAGUGGAAGGAGAGUGGAAUGGUGUUAUGUAUACAAAAAAUGCAAAUGGGGAGAAUGUAGUUUUUAUAGAUACCAAGAAUAUGCCUAUAAUAAAGAAGAAGGUCCGCAAGCUGGAAGACCAACUAGAAUAUGAAUCUAGAAGGUUAUGGAAAGACGUCACAUACAACUUGAAGAUCCAUGAUAUUGAUUGUGCCACUGAUGCAAAGCACCGCCUGGAAGAGCGGCAACGAGCAGAAGCGAGAGAACGCAAAGAAAAGGAAGUGCAGUGGGAAACCAGGCUAUUCCAUGAGGACGGGGAGUGCUGGGUGUAUGAUGAACCACUACUUAAACGACUGCCCGUCAAGCCCUGAGUGGCCUACAGAACAAUCGUAAACAGAACCUUAUCAAGAACCAUGCGAAGCCCAGAAAAACAAGACGUUAUGACAUUUCCGUAUGAUCCAACGCUCUCUUUGGUGCUGAGAGCGCCCUUACACUGCAGCGGUUCCUUACUCAGGGAUACUGGACUUCUAUGAUAUGACAAUUCAAACAGGACAAUGUGUCUGUGUGUCACAAUUAACGCUUUACAAGGUCCUGUACUUCCCCCAUACAACUAGUACUCUACACAGGAGCCGUUUUGUCUCGGUUAGCCUGUCUGUUGAGAUUGGUUUCACCUUGCAAAUUACUCCCUAAUGGACUGAUUGGUUAAGCCAGGCCCAAAAAAUGAUUUCUUUACAGGUACCAGCUACAUUUAGAGGGCAACUCCACCCAACACAGCUGUCUCCUGGAAUGAGGCUGGAUGUUUACUGCUGCCCGUGGCCCCAGUGUGGCUGUAACAGGUGACAUUCAACUGGAAUUCUCUGCAUUCCUGGGGAGAGAUCACUAGAUGACAGUGGACCCAGCAAUGCUGCAUCACUUGCCCCGUGGUGGAUUCUUAAAUAAUUAGAGGAAUUUUUUUGUUUUUUUAGUGGCACAGCCAUGCUGGGGGGGAGAAUCUCUCGUCUCUGCGAAAAGCCUGAACAUCACUGUCCCAUUCCAUCAAGCAGCAAUAUAAAUCUUGGUUGGAGCUGUACUUUUAAUUCUAAAGAAUUAGCCUGGGAAACGUUCCAAAAACAAAAAUUGCAUAUCAGGCCCUUAUUACCCAGUGCCACAUUCUUCUUCCUCUGACGAUCGAAGGACGUGAUUGCUCUUCUAUAUCAAAAUGUCUUUUCAGUUCCUCUUGUAUAUACAGUUCAAAUCUGGGAAUUUAAUACCCACCAGAACACUUCUGAAAAUUAGACAACUUUACUUUUUGGCACUAUCCAUACCUACCUGAAAUUCUCAUUGUGUAAACUGCCCUCUUUCUUCAUAUAUAUAUAUAAAUAGUUAUUUUUUUUCUCCCCUCCCCAGAAACUGGUCUUGCCUUUGUAUUUAUUUAUUUUCCUAAUAAAAUCGUUAGAGCAAAUUA